CUCCUCACGCCCCUCACUAAUGCUGAUUUCAUUAAAGUCGCAUUCAGACUGUUUUCUGAACACACAGCGGACGCGUUCAGGCUUUUAUCAACGUUUCCAUUAAAACGAGGGCUCAAAUGUACACGCGGCUUUUCCCCGUGGCUGAUGCUCGCCUUGGAUUUGGUCUGACGGAGGCAAAAGAAACAUUUCCUCUCCGCGUAUUUUAGUCUCCAGUGAAAGCUCAGAACCUCUGCUCGGUGCUCACUUUGUUUUGACUGCGACAAACUAUUUUACCACUCCAGUUUUGUCCCAAAUGUAAGAGAAGAAAACACAAACGCGAGAGGCUCGUGAAGACGCAGAUACGCCGAGCACGGCGGUUGAGUCUAUAAGGUUCUCAUGUGUUAUUUAAGAGCGCAGCGGCGCUCGAGCGCUGUUCAUUGCCGAAAUCACACAGCGUUUGAAAGACUGUAGAUCCGACUCCAGAGAGAGAUGGCAGAAACUGCUCCAGCCCCGGCUGCUGCCGCCCCGGCCAAAGCGCCCAAGAAGAAGUCAGCUGCGAAAGCCAAGAAAGCAGGUCCAAGCGUCGGUGAGCUCAUCGUCAAAGCUGUGUCCGCAUCCAAGGAGAGGAGCGGCGUGUCCCUCGCCGCCCUGAAGAAGGCUAUCGCCGCCAGCGGCUACGACGUGGAGAAGAACAACUCCCGCGUUAAGAUCGCCAUCAAGAACCUGGUGACUAAAGGCACCCUGGUGCAGGUCAAAGGGACCGGCGCUUCGGGCUCAUUCAAGCUCAACAAGCAGCAAGCCGAGACCAAGAAGAAGCCGGUCAAGAAAGCGGCUCCUAAAGCGAAGAAGCCCGCGGCCAAGAAACCCGCUGCUGCCAAGAAGCCCAAGAGCGCAGCGGCAAAGAAACCCGCCGCAAAGAAAUCGCCCAAGAAGGCCAAGAAACCCGCCGCCACAGCCGCCAAGAAGGCGACGAAGAGCCCCAAGAAGGCAAAGAAGCCAGCAGCCGCUAAGAAAGCAGCCAAGAGCCCCAAAAAGGCCAAGGCGGCUAAACCUAAGGCGGCAAAGCCUAAAGCCGCCAAACCUAAAAAGGCAGCGCCCAAAAAGAAAUAAAGUCUUUACAGUUUCUCCUCAACGGCUCUUUUAAGAGCCACCCA